AUGUCAACCUCCGCAAAACGGAAGCGCCCUCCCGGCCCUCAAGGUCUGCGGAAGCCCACCACCGUCGCCCAGCUCAGGACAUACUUCAGGCAUCAUUCCCUGGACCUAGCGACGCCAUGCUCGGCCCCGGGGGAAUCUGCGAGGACGACAUCGAACAAGGCGUCUCACUGCUGGGUCGUCGAGAACCUCAAGGUAUGGAACAGCGUCCUGCACUCCGUCGGCGUGGAACUCCGGGAGAAUGUUCCUGGCAGUUUGACGCUGCGAACGUUCGUCAACUGCAAUCCAAGCGCGACCAGCUAUCACACCGUCUGCGCCUUUCUCGUGGCAAGGCUCAUUAACAACCACCGCUGCGUGCAGUGCGUCGAUCUCGGCUACGUGGGCGAACUGUUUGGCGGCAAGAGUAUGGUGCUGAGCCGGCUCCGCCCCAACGCUGGUAUCCGACAGUUCGUCGUGAGCGGACGCCUCAUCUGCGACGCCGAAUUGAACGCGCUGGUUCGCGCUGCAUUCAAGGGGGCUCCCCUGGUCCUCAGGCUCCACCAAGUUGUCUUCGGUCGCUCCGAAAUUGCGGCGCUGUCCAAGGCCAUCACGACCAUGUCGCGACUCACUGACGUCGACCUUUGCGAGAACGGAAUGAAGGGCGGUGCCACUAUCGAGCUGAUGGAAGCUGUCGAGAUAUCGGCCGUCAAGUCCCUCAAGAUAGAAUUUAACAUGGUCGGCAUUAGAGGAGCCCAACGCUUCGCCGAGUUGCUCACAAAAAACAAGACGCUGUCGAGUGUGAGCCUGUUCAAGACCAAGCUGAAGGACAAAGGCGCCGUGGCCAUCGCCGGCGCCCUCGCUACGAACGACACGCUUCAGCACUUGAUGAUGGGCGGCAAUUCGAUCGGCCUCACGGGAGCCAAAGCCUUGGCCUCAUCGCUCGAAGCGAACAGUUCCCUGCUUACUCUCGAUCUUCGAGAUAACAACUUGGGAACGUGCGGCGCCAUCUCCCUCGCCAACGUGCUUCCGCGGAACCGGACCCUGCAGGAGCUGUAUCUGUGCGGGAAUUCGAUCGGCGACGAGGGCGUCGUUGCCAUUGCAGACUCUCUUGUGGCAAAUCAGACGCUGCGUGCCCUCUCGAUCCACGCUAACUAUUUCGGUGACAACGGCGUCGCCGCGCUAGCGCGUCUUCUGUCUUCCAGUGGAACGCUCGUCAAACUCAACGCGACGUGCAAGCCUAGCCUGAACGACGCCACGCAGUUCGACGAGUUCGCAGAGGCCCUCGCGGCCAACCGGCGUCUGGAAGGCAUCGAGCUGUCCCUGUGGGGCUCCACCGCGAUCCAGGGACUCUCAAGGGCACUGCGGCUCAACACGACGCUGCGUCAUCUCUCCGUACGAACGUGCGUGUCCGACCUUAGUCCCCUCCUUGGCUCCCUGGAGGCCAACAAGUCGAUCGAGGUCCUCGAGCUGCACAUCGUCCUGAGUGCGGGCGACGGCGAGGCGCUCUCGAAUCUCCUGAGGAAGACUACCACCAUCCGCUCGGUGAUCAUACCACCCAGGAUGUCGAACGCCUGCCUGGUCCACCUCGUGCAGGCGCUGUCUGUAAACACGAGCGUCUGGUGGUUCCGAGUUAGCUCGUACAACAUGCGAAGCAGCCUGUGCGAGGCGAUGGCCGAGAUGUUCUCCAUCAACCGCACGCUCAACAGCUUUAUCCUGGACAAGGUUUCGGCCGACGAGGCGUGCCUCCAGGGAUUGGCCAACGGCCUGGAGUAUAAUCUGUCCUUGGUGCAGCUCGCGAUCGCAUACCCGGCUUCCAGCGCCGGCGGCUACAGGAUCAGUUCUCUUCUGCGGAGGAACUGGUCCCUGAUGAACCUGGCGAUGCAGUUCGCACUCAAGCAAGUUGCAGACAAGCGGGCGGCGGAAGCCUUUCAAGUGUUCAGGCAGGGCGGACUCUUUGUCGAGGAGCUCAACAAGGUGACCAAAGCGUCGGCUCAUCUUUCGGCAAAAACGCUCAUUAAGGGGGCCGACAACUACAUUCUCCACAAUUUCCUCACUAUCGCCCGUGUCGUCAAACAAAGGCUGAUCUGCUCGAAGCCACGGAGGAAGAGGCACUCGACGACGUUUGACCAACUGAACACAUACUGUUUGUUUGAGAUUUUUUCCUACCUGAAAAUGUCCGAUAUCAAGUGCUGAUUGGGUUUAUUUGUUUUUGAGGCGCGUCUAACUGGUUUGAGAUUGACAAGUGCGUUUGUAUUCUUUGUAACAUCUUACGUAGGCCAAUAUCUUGAUUCUAUGGUUGGAAAAGGGAAAUCAUUUGGCCGAAGUUGUUCUAAACAUUUUGGUCUUAUCUUCUAUUUUAUACCUGUUUAUGUUCCGAUUUAUUUCAUUGAUAUUAAAAUAUGGCAAAGUCAUUGAUGCA